GUACAUUUUCUCUCCAAAACACAAUGAUUGAAACAAUAUCAGUGAAAAAACUUUUUUUUUUCCCACUCACGAACAUAUUUCGACACACCGAAUGACAACUGACAGUGAACUUAUUUUAACUACUUAUUUUUAUGUUUGAAUGAAAAUGAAUACAAUAGCGGGAUAUAAUUCAAAUAAAUGGCUAAAAUAAUCCAAUGUGCACACUGGGAUGUGGCUGUGUUCAGAAUUAACCAAUCACAUUCAAUCUCGUGUUAGCUGGAUGUCAGCGCACAAUUGUCUCCAUUUAAAAUGACUCAGAUUCAGCCCAAAUAAACUUUCGCUUUUCUGGUAGGCUUUUGCUGCCUUUUUUUUUUUUUUUUUUUUUUUUUUAUGUCUUGCAGCAGAAAUGUGAAUGUUCUAUGCUAAUAAUGCCCCGCCCACCGCCCCAACGCGUAAUGCUGCCACCACCAUGCUUCACUGGUAUCGUGUUCUUUUGGCAACGAGCAGUCAUGAGUUAGCGUCCAACGUAUCUUUCGAAUUAUGGCCAUAAAGCUCAAACCCCGGAAGGUUUUGUUAAGGUCUGAUCAAAUUAAGGUUGGAAAACUAUUAACAGAUUGAAAUACAGUAGUGGUCAGUGGUAACACACACUGUUAAAGCUGAUGCUAUACAGCGAAAACGUAUGGCAGGCCCACUUGAACAGCUGAACUUUAUUUGGGGUUAUUUCGAAUGCCGGCAUUUUUUUUUUUUUUUUUGCUGACUCCCAUUCAACGUGUUUGAAUGGGACUGGUUCACUCUGAACACAGCCAAAUCCAUAACACAGAUAUGAGAGGGUGUGCACACUUGUGCAACCACUUUGUCCCUGUUAUUCAUUUUCACUUCACCUCAAGAAAACAUUUGGAAAAGAAAGACACUUGAGUUCUGCCGGUUAUUUCUGUGGAGCCGAUACAAAAAUCUCCAAAGGGGUGUGUAGAAUUUGUUCAAUGUUACCAUUUCCGCUAUUUGUUACAGUUUUCCUUGAAUUAGCCGAGUCGCAGAAAGACACACAACAAACAAAAGCCAAGGAGGAACCUCCGUCCAACGGCGGCUCUUGCCAUUCACGAGCAUUUGAUGAGUCGGCCGAGGGGGGACCUCGCACAGAGAGUGGGUGGGAAGUCAACCGAGCUGAGCUGAGGUGAGGGAGCCCGAGCGGAUAAAGAGACGAGUCGGGAGGGGAGCCCGAGUGACUGCCGCAAAGCUUCACCACGGGACCCGUUGUCAUCAUCAUGAGCUUCCGAGUGGUGCUGCUGUCCUUCCUCCUUGCAUCCGUCAGCUGGUCCAGAGGAGCCGUCAUCACAGGAGCUUGCGAGCGCGACAUGCAGUGCGGCUUGGGUCUGUGCUGUGCCGUCAGUCUGUGGCUGAGGGGCCUGAGGAUGUGCGUCCCGAGGGGCACGGAAGGCGAGCUAUGCCACCCGUUGAGCCACAAGGUGCCCUACCACGGCAAAAGGCAGCACCACACCUGCCCCUGCCUCCCCCACUUGGUGUGCACCCGCUACGCCGGAAGCAAGUACAGAUGCACCCAAGACUACAAGAACAUAGACUUUCAAUAAAUCACUUUCACGACUUCUGGGGAUGAAAAACUAGUACACCGCCGCGACUUUGUAUACAACAGCGUCCGGCAAAGGGUGAUCCGUCUGUCUAUUUUCCAAAUACUAAAUGUUGCGUCAGUUGCGCGUGCCACCGCGAGGCAGGUGGACGCGCACCAAAAACAGGCUACGAAGGGGACGUCGGGCACUUUCAAGCCUUUUUUUUUUUUUGGGCGGCUCAUGAAUGUAUUUGUUGUACUGUAUGACGUUACUUUGCCACAGGACGCGACAACACUGUAGUAAAUUGAGGGGUUCGUAGUUUUCAAUAUAAGCUUACACCGUUCUUGCCAAUAAAAUAUGUCUUGAUUGACACACCGAUGACCAUGUCUCCUCCUAUUUACUUUUACAUCAUUAAAAAGCAAAAACAAUUGUUCGGCCGACUUACAUGUCAAACAUAACAUUGAAAAUAAGUAGAAAAUGAGCUUUUCUUGUAUGUGAUGUUGUCGAUUUGCUCUGAAGCUGUGUCUCUUCAUAUCUACCUUGACAAAUACCCUUUCUCGCCAUCACGAGAAAGAGAAAAAAAACGUGAGCAAAAUGACAAAUUUCAUCGAGCAACGUAUUUGCUUUGAGCGAAGGCUGAACCCUUGAACCCAGGGCUGCCCAAACUUUUUUUUUUUUACCUAAGAUCUUCUCAAGCCAACCAACUGUAAG